GAGACAUCCCUGUGGGUCCCAUGCCCCCAGCCUCUCCCAAGAUGGCCUAUGGCUUUGUGACUCUGACAAUGGUAGGGAACCUCAGCAGCCUGUUGGACACGCUGUCACCGCAGGGUCCUGUCCGGUCACUGUACCCUCUGUCUUUUGAAGAGAUGAAGCAGUACUAUGGCUUCAUGCUGUACCGGACCAAGCUGCCCAGGGACCUGCCAGAAGACACACCCCUAAUCUCUCCUCUGAAUGGGGUUCAUGACCGGGCAUAUGUCUCCGUCUGUGGGGUGUUCCAGGGGCUGCUGGAGAGAGACACGACUCUGGUGAUGAACGUAACAGGGAAGCAGGGGGACCAGGUUGAUGUUCUAGUAGAGAACAUGGGACGAGUCAACUUUGGCAGCAAGAUCAACGACUUCAAGGGCCUGUUGAGUAACCUGGUCCUUGGUAAAGAUGUGCUGACAGAUUGGCAGAUCUACCGUCUGGACAUUGAUGGAGCCAUUGCCUCCGGAUGGCCCCAGUCAGGCCAGCGACGCUCCCCGCCCAGCCCAGUCAGAGGGCCCUCAGAUGGGCCAGUCUUCUACCAGGGCACCCUGCCUCCCAACGGUCUGGCCUGGGACACCUUUCUCCGGCUCAACGAAUGGACCAAGGGACAGGUGUGGAUCAACGGGGUGAACCUGGGCAGGUACUGGCCUAAGAGAGGUCCCCAGCAGACCCUGUACGUCCCGGGGCCCCUGCUCAGCCCCACCCAGCCCAACAACAUCACAGUCCUGGAGCUAGAGAGGGCCCCUUCUCACACCAGGGUCCUCUUCAUGGACCGGCCCCAGCUCAACAGCACUGCUGGCAAGACAUCACAGCUACAGACAGACAGACAUGACAUCACAGCUACAGACAACAGACAGACAUGACAUCACAGCUACAGUCCACAGACAGACAUGACAUCACAGCUACAGUCCACAGACAGACAUGACAUCACAGCUACAGACAACAGACAGACAUGACAUCACAGCUACAGUCCACAGACAGACAUGACAUCACAGCUACAGUCCACAGACAGACAUGACAUCACAGCUACAGGCCACAGACAGACAGACAUGGCAUCACAGCUACAGGCCACAGACAGACAUGACAUUACAGCUACAGGCCACAGACAGACAUGACAUCACAGCUACAGACCACAGACAGACAUGACAUCACAGCUACAGACCACAGACAGACAUGACAUCACAGCUACAGACAGACAGACAUGACAUCACAGCUACAGACGACAGACAGACAUCACAGCUACAGACGACAGACAGACAUGACAUCACAGCUACAGACAACAGACAGACAGACAUGACAGCUACAGGCCACAGACAGACAGACAUGACAUCACAGCUACAGACGACAGACAGACAUGACAUCACAGCUACAGACAACAGACAGACAGACAUGACAGCUACAGGCCACAGACAGACAGACAUGACAUCACAGCUACAGGCCACAGACAGACAGGACAUCACAGCUACAGGCCACAGACAGACAGAUAUGACAUCACAGCUACAGACCACAGGCAUGACAUCACAGCUACAGACCUCAGACAGACAGACAUGACAUCACAGCUACAGACCACAGACAUGACAUCACAGCUACAGACCACAGACAGACAGACAGACAUGACAUCACAGCUACAGACCACAGACAGACAGACAUGACAUCACAGCUACAGACAACAGACAUGACAUCACAGCUACAGGCCACAGACA